GGGGCGGGGCAAGGACCGCAGGCGGCGCGGGGGGUCCCCCAGGGGUGGCAGGCAGGUGUCGGCUGCUGAUGACGUAGCAGCGAUGUCGCAGCUGCCGGAGGCCUAGGAUCCCUCCCUGCGCCUCGGCCCUUUUAAUCCCCCCGCACCCACGCCGCGCUGCUCCCUUGGCCCCGAUUGGCCGUCACCGCCGGAAAGGAGGGGCCUGAUUGGCGGAAGAGGCGGGACCUCCGGGGGCCGGGGUGUGUUGCCAUUGGCCCCCUGGCGGAAGUCCCGUUCUACACCGCGGGCCGCACCCUGAUUGGCUGGGGCGGGGCCCGCGGGGGCGGGGCCCCGGGUAGCGGCGGCGGCAGCAGGACGGGGAGCGGGUGAGCGUCGCCAUGGAGACCAGCCCCGCCCCCGCGGGCGCCUGGGGUGCCCACAUCAUCCCCCCCACCCUCGGACACCUGAGCCCCACCCCGGCCCUCGGACGCCCCGGUCUUCUGGGCCUGCCCCUCCCCUGGGAUCCUGGCCCCGCCCCCUCCCCUGGCCCCGCCCCUCCUGGACACCUGGGCCCCCCACUUGCCUCCCGUCGCAGCCCCGCCCGCACUGAGCCACCCUCCCCUCAGGCACGAUGGCGGAGGCGGCGGGCGACGCGGGCACCCGGGCGGGGGCGGGGCUGGCGCUGCUGCGGGAGCGCUCGCUCGACGUCACCUUCGAGGUGGGCGACGACUACGAGGUCAUCGAGACCAUCGGCACGGGCGCCUACGGCGUGGUCAGCUCCGCCCGCCGCCGCGCCACAGGGCAGCAGGUGGCCAUCAAGAAGAUCCCGAACGCCUUCGCGGUGGUGACGAGCGCCAAGAGGACCCUGCGGGAGCUCAAGAUCCUGAAGCACUUCAACCACGACAACAUCAUCGCCAUCAAGGACAUCCUCACGCCGCCCGGGCCCCGCCCUGACUUCCGCGCCGUCUAUGUGGUGCUGGACCUGAUGGAGAGCGACCUGCACCAGAUCAUCCAGUCGGGGCAGGCGCUGACACCCGAGCACGUGCGCUACUUCCUGUACCAGCUGCUGCGGGGGCUGAAGUACGUGCACUCCGCCCACGUGCUGCAUCGCGACCUCAAGCCCAGCAACCUGCUGGUCAACGCCACCUGCGAGCUGAAGAUCGGCGACUUCGGCAUGGCGCGGGGCCUGGCGGCACGACCUGAGGAGCACGCCGCCUUCAUGACAGAGUACGUGGCCACGCGCUGGUACCGCGCACCCGAGCUGCUGCUCUCGCUGCAUCACUACACCCAGGCCAUUGACGUCUGGUCGGUCGGCUGCAUCUUCGCCGAGAUGAUGGGCCGGCGCCAGCUCUUCCCUGGCAAGAACUAUCUGCACCAGCUGCAACUCAUCCUGGGGGUCCUGGGGACGCCCUCGGCCAAGGUGGUGGGUGCCAUCGGCGCUGAGCGAGUGCGGCGCUAUGUGCAGGGGCUGCCACCGCGCCAGGCUGUGCCGCUGCACGCACUCUACCCGCAGGCUGAGGCGCCGGCGCUCGACCUCCUGGCCCGCAUGCUGCAACUGGACCCAGCUCGGCGCAUCACGGUGGUGGACGCGCUGGCCCACCCCUACCUUGCCAAGUACCAUGACCCUGAGGAUGAGCCCGAGUGUGUGCCAGCCUUCGACUUUGCUUUCGACCGCGAGGUGCUCACCAAAGAGGAGGUGGAGGCUGCCAUUUUGGCCGAGAUCGAGGACUUUCGGGCACGGCGGAGGCUCACAGCCAAGCCCGCGCUGAGGCCUGUGGUGUAUCCGACGCCGCCGGGCAAUGACAUCAGUGCGAGCGGUGCCCAUAUGGCUGACAUCAACAUGGCCGAUGCCAAUAUGGCCGGCAGAGCCAACAUGGCCAGCACCAGUAUGGCUAAUGCCACCAUCAACAUGGCUGACGUCAAUAUGGCCACCAGUACUAACAGGGGGACUGGUGCUGACAUGGCUGCCAACGUUAAUGUGGCCACCGUCAAUAUGGCUGACAUCAAUAUGGCCACCAACAGCAACACAGGGACCAGCGUUAACAUGGCCGCCGUCAACAUGGGUGACAUCAGCAUGGCUGCCAACGUUAAUAGAGGAGCCAGUGUCAACAUGGCUGCCAUCAACAUGGCUGACCUCAAUAUGGCUGCCAAACCCAAUAGGGUGGGUGAUGUCAACAUAGCCGCGCAUGUCAAGAUGGCUGAUGCCAAAAUGGCCGCCAGCGCCACCCUGGCUGCCCAUGUCAACAUGGCUGCUGAGCUCCCGCAGGCCCCUGAUGCCAAGGCCAAGAUGCUGGCCGGGACAGACUGCACCAUGGAGUCACCGAGGGCGGGCCCAGCCCUUGCCCAAGCCCCGGGGGAGGUGAAGGCGGAGCCGACAGUAGCCCUGCCCCCCAAGCGGGAGGGUGCCAUCUCGGACGACACCAAGGCGGCGCUCAAGGCCGUGCUGCUCAAGUCAGCGCAGAGGCACCGCGGGCGAGAGGCGGUGGUGCAGGGGGCGGGGCCAGAGGCGGAGCCACGCCGGGCAGUGACGGCACAGGAGCGGCAGCGUGAGCGGGAGGAAAAGCGGCGGCGGCGGCAGGAGCGGGCGCGCGAGCGGGAGCAGCGGCGGCGCCGGGGUGGGGCUGGGGGUCCUGUGGGGGGCGGGCCUGGCGGGGGGGGCGGGCCUGGCGGAGCAGGUGCGGGGCCUGGCGGCCUAGUGCUGAGCGAUAGUGACCGCAGCCUGCUGGAGCGCUGGACCCGCAUGCGGGACCGGGCCGGCCACGCCCCCAGUGCCGCGGCCUCCAUCGAGCUGGGAGCCGGGGAUCACGUGACCACAGACCCUGCUCCACGUCCUGCGGCCCCUGCUGGGGCAGUGACUCUCGUGACCUCUGACCCCACGGGCCACCUGACCCCCGCCCCUGUUGGAGCUGUGGUGCAGGUGACCGCUGGGGUCAUUGCCAGUCACGUGGCCCCUGACCCAGCUGGUCACGUGACCCCCGCCCCUGUUGGAGCCGUGGUGCAGGUGACCUCCGCGGUCAUCGGUCAUGUGACCCCACUCACCACCGGGGCUGUGGGUCACAUGAACCCAGCAACCGUGGUGCACGUGACCCCAGGGGUCAUCGGCCACAUGACCCCGGCCCCUGCGGGCCAUGGAGCUGCCGCGGUGCCCGCCUGCCUCAAUUUCCCCACCCCGCCAGUGCCUGCCGGCCCCUGGGCCGCCGAGACCCCCGACGUCGCCACGGUGACGCAGCAGCUGUCCCGGUCCCAGGUGGAGGACCCGCUGCCGCCUGUCUUCUCGGGGACGCCCAAGGGCAGUGGCGCCGGCUACGGGGUCGGCUUCGACCUGGAGGAGUUCCUCAACCAGAGCUUCGACAUGGCCGACGCGCGCGACAGCCAGGGCGACUCGGCGCCACUGUCGGCCUCGCUAUUGGCCGACUGGCUGGAGGUGCACCGCAUGAACGCCGCCGACAUGGAGUCGCUGCAGCGCGAGCUCCAGCUCGGCUCUCCCAUGAGCCUCAGCGGCGACCUGCCUGACCUGGCCGAGCCCUAGCCCCGCCCCUGCGCCUGGCCACGCCUCCUCGCCAGUGGGCCGCCAGAGAUGCCCCGCCCACUGGGAGAGGAGCCAGGCUUUUUGGGUGAAGCUCGGCCCGCUUGAGGAUAAGCCACGCCCCUUGAAGCAAGGCCGGCUCCUUGGGAGAGAAACCACGCCUCUUCGAGGAAGCUCCGCCCACUGGAGAGAGGUCACAGGCCCUUCAAAGCUCCGCCCACUCGGAGAUAAGCCACACCCCUGGAAGAAAGUUGAGCCUGUUGGGGCAGCCACGCCCCCUCGGGGGAGGAAGGCCUCCCCUUGAAGAUAGCGCGGGGCGGAAAGAAGCCACGCCCCCUGGCUGGGCGCACGCGGGGGGGGCGGAGCUUCUCCGGGCCGGUGUACCGCACUUUCCUAAUAAAACUGGAGACUCCGA